AUGUCAUUGUGUGUAUUUAGGGUCCACGGCUGCCACAAAUCGUAUCACUCUUGUACACCAGGGAAAGAUUUUGGCAGCUUUUUUGGAGAAAUGUCCGGAACAGUACACAAUAUCUCCCAGGAAACGGCUACCUAAUGCCACCUUUUCCCCACUCGUUGGUGAUAAGCAACCAGUAAAAGAAGUCAGCCCACAAAGUUCCUCUGAAAGUGAUCAAGAAGAGCCUGUAGGAAUGAACCAAACACCACCUACUAGAGCUAAUCGUACCCGAUCAGUUGGAGCCACAAUCAGCACUGCUGCACAACAUGCAAGCCCAAAGCUUAUCCUACCCAGCUCUUGUGCAAAUGACUACUCUCAACUUAGUCUCACUUCGCUACUUCAAAACAUUUUAAAUCCCAAACGGCGACACUUCAUGUACUCCAGUGCUAAUUGUCCCAGCUGGUGGCCGACUGAUGUAACAUUCAUUAGGGCGAAACAUAUGAAAGCUAAGGACAGGAGAAGAGUGCUGGCAUCUUUUCUAAAGAAAUGUCCUGACCAGUACACAAUAUCACCUCAGCAAAACUCUGUCUCGACAGUUGAAAUUGACCAACCAGAAGACACCAUCAUUGAUGUACAAAUGAAUGAAGAUAGUUCGAAUGAAUUAGAUGAACAAAACAUACCAAGUGACCCCGAAGACCUGGUGAAUAGUCUAGAGCAGCGCCUUCUGGAUUCUAGGAAAAGAAGGCUCGAGGCUGAGAGGAAAGUUGAGGAGCUGACUGAAGAAAACAAACGUCUCAGAGAAGAAAGGAAAUGUAUAGUGAAACGAAUACCACUUCAUCACUAGUGUUUAGCCCCUCGUGUGUAGCACCUCACUCUGAUGAUGGAACUCAUUUAUUUUAUCAACUCAUUUAUCACUUGCGAUUUUUGUUGUAUAGUCUACUCUCUCAUGAUCAUGCUGCCAG